AUGCAGGCUUGUGGUGGGUACCGGGCUCUGCUGGGCCUGCUCCUGAUCUACUUUCACCUUUCAGGUCCUUCUGCCCAGAGCAUCGAUGUAGUGGGGGAGAAAUUUCCCUAAGACUUGGGGACCAACUUGCCUCUGCUUGGACAACAUUCCUUGACCAGGCCCUCCAACCCCAAACAUCAUCAGACCAAACCAGAUCCUGGGGCUAAUGAUCUAGCAAGGGUUCUUCUGAAGCCCAAUACUACUCCAUCAGAUGACUCCCAACCAGGAGGUCCUGGGGUUCAGAGGUGGCCCCCAUCUGGGUGGCUGCCCGGCAUGGGUUCCUGACCCUUCGAGGAUCCUUAUCAGAUCAUGGCUGCUGCCGAGGACCAGCUGGGGAAAGUGCUGCCCAAAGAACCCUCUUUCCCUUCCAGUGCAGCUGCCCUCCCUCUGGGGGACAGUCCUUUGCCUGUGGGGUCCUUGGCAUGCUCUGCAGGACCCUCACCUGUGGCUUCAGUCCUCCACCAGGACUCUGAUUCUAGAUGGCCACCCCGUUAAGUGCUGGGAGCCCAGGGAGAAAUCCUUACCCAACACCCACCCUGGUCUCUCAUCAACAGGAUUCAACAGCCACUUCUGUCAGGUCACCCCUGGGGGAUGCUGACUCCCACCAUUUCCUGGGGAGGUGCAGGUCCUAGAACUGGAUGGGGAACCAAGCCCAUGCCACUCCCUGUGGGAAUCUGGGGUCUCAGUAAUCAAUACCCAAGUACCAGCUGGGGGAAUAGUAAUCGGUAUCCUGGCACCAGCUGGGGGAAUAUUCAUCUACACCCAGACAUUAAUAAUCAGUUUUCUCCUGGAGUUCACCAUCCUUCUGGCUCUUUUGGGAAAAUCAAGGCUGGCUUCCCCAAUUCUCAAAACCUUGGGUUGCUGUCGGGUGAGGAGAAUGGCAGCGGCAAGCCCCAAGUACCACAAGGAUAG